AUGGAACGACCGUCCAGCCAGAGUCCUGCGCGACCUAACCUCUUGGAGGAGGGUAGACAGAACUCGAGCACUUCGCGGCCGUCCAAUGCUCCUCCCAGUGAUGCAGGAACCGAUGGUCACAUCAGGCUGCUGGACGCACCGCAGCGCCCAGACCUGUUCAAGCGUGGCACCCUGCGCGGGCAGAGCUCCAAGAGUGUCAGCGAGGCGUUGCGACUAGAGCGGUCCAGAGAAGAGCAGGAGACAUUGCUGGGAGCCGACGAAGAGGCGGACGACGAUGGGUGCUACCCUCCUCGAGUGAACGAUGAGCCGCGGGCGCCGAAUCCGCACGCAAGACUUCCAGUAUACGCGACGAUACACAAGAUCAGGAGGCUGGUAAUAGCAAGCAUUGACGACCCGUACUCGAUCGACCAGUUGAAGAGUCCGCGCAUGAACACGGCUGUCGUACGGCCGCUCGUAGAUCAUCUGUACGAUCCAGACGAUGUCAGCGUGGUGUAUUGCUUGCUGGUGAAUAGGGUGCAAUUUCUGAGGGAGCAGAGCUACCAAGCCCACCACCAGACCGUCAACAUCACCAGAGCAAACCUGUGCGAGCUAAUCGCCAGUCGUGUACUGCGUCGGUAUGAUGAAGACCACGAAGGUCGCCACGGCCUGCUCCGUUUGGCGAACGUCCUGGUGGCGGGCUUCGAGCCUUUCCAGAAUGCUCCCAUGCAUAUCAUUCGAGACCACCGGACGGCUGCGAGCUGGACUAUGCGCUAUCAUCUUGUCAGGCCAGAGUAUGAGCGAAUGCUGACUGCUCUUGAGGUCGCGAUCGUGACGGAAGCGAAGUCCUUCCUUAGCACGUCUGCCUGCCAAAAGAUCGUCGAAAACGUCUACCGAGGACGCAUCAUCUACACACCAACAUCAUUUAUAAACAUCCUACCAGACCACUACAAGAACCGCGGCAUAUCUUUAUACGACCCCAGGCGAGCACCUUACCUCAACCAAUACCGAUUAGUCGUGCCGAGAACACGAAAUAUCCUUGAAGCUGGCCAGUUCAUCGUCCUGCUCAUCCUCUACCUCUUGAUGACAGCCAACAGAGAGCACAUACUAGGCGCUCGACAUCUUCGAUACACUGUAUACGAACUCAUCUUCGACGUCUAUGCUUUGGGCUGGGUCUUGGACGAGCUGGCUUCCAUAUGCGAACACGGCUGGACGGUCCACACCGAGAACCUCUGGUCAUUCCUGGACCUCACCUUUGUCGCCAUCUUCUGCACAUACUUCGGCGUACGAAUGCAUGGCUUUGCGAUGAAUGACUCCAGCUACGCUAAGCUGUCAACCGACAUCAUCAGUCUUGCAGCGCCUAUCCUACUUCCGCGCCUGGCCUUCUGUCUGCUGCCGGAGAAUAUGCUGUUCAUAUCACUAAGAGCAAUGAUGGCCGACUUCUUCUUCCUCACCCUUCUAGCGGCCUGGUGCUUUGGCGGCUUCUUGUUCGCCAUGUGGUGGCUCAGCGAAACCCAGGAAGGCAACACUCCCGAGAGCAUCAUUGUUAUCGCCAAAUGGAUGCUCUGGAUAUGGUUUGGUCUGGAUGGCACGGGGGUGCAGCGCUCUACGGAGAUGCAUUGGUUCUUGGGGCCGGUUUUGAUGAUACUGUUUGCAUUCUUGGGCAACACACUGUUCUUGACUAUCCUGGUUGCCAUGCUCAGCAACACCUACCAGAACCUGGCGCAGAACGCUACGGCGGAGAUUCAGUUCCGAAGAGCGGUGCUCACGUUCGAGGGUGUCAAGUCGGAUGCAUUGUUUGCUUACAGGCCGCCACUGAACAUUGUGGCCUUGCUCACGCUUCUUCCACUGAAGUUCGUACUCAGCCCACGGUGGUGGCACAAGGUGAAUAUCACUUUGAUCCGCGUCACCAACGCUCCCUUCCUGUUCCUCGUGUCCCUCUGGGAACGCCGCUACCUCUGGAACCGCUCUCGCAUGCUCACACCACCCAAACGCCACGGAUGGUUGACGAUGUGGGAGCAAUUUGGAGCGCACGGCGACCUGCAUGCAGUCUUUGAUGAAGAUCCACCGCAGGACAUCAUCGACGACAUGUCUGACAUUGAUGAAGUGCUCGGAGGAGAUUCGUGGGAAGGCGGUGACUACAUCACCGCGCUGAGACGAAGACGAGGCAGUCGUAUGGACGUACACCCUGGCGCCUUCGUAUUGGAGACAACUCACAACCACAUUCUACCCUCAGUAAACCGAUUCAGCACAUCUACACCUCCACGAGCAGACGACGCUUCGAUGAAUACUCCGGGCGUCCAGCCUGGGAAGACUGCGCCGAAACUAGUACACGACUUCCUGCUGUUCGAUCCUCUUAAGGGAAAACCAAAUGUCCUCUGGGAUGUUCCGCCACCGCAGGGCGAAGGCGUUCAACCUGCACCCAGCUACAGCUCUUGCAAGCAUGACUACACUGUCAAGCCAACGCAGAGCGUUCCACCACCGCUCGAUUCCCGAUCCGAUGGUAGCACCACCAAGUACAAGCUCGCGGUGAUGUGCAAGAGGUGCCGAAUGCACGCGGACAUACAGAUGGACUACUCGCACUCGCGGAUGCCAUGUCCAACCAACGACCACCCCCUCCAUCACUUUCAAUGUCUGGAAUCCAAGAGCACCGUAUUGCCCGGUAGAAUAGGGUACUACUGGCGAUGCUCUGUUCAUGAGUGCGGGGCGCUUUUGGCGAUCGUGUACCGACAAGGACGCAUUACAGAUGAGGAGGUGGUACUCCUCACAGACGAAGCACUGCUCAAGAGACGGUAUGAGGCGCUGCUGGAGCGUGACCCUGAUCGAGAGGGAGUUAGGCAGGCUACGCCCAUCCAGCCAUAUCACAGGUUGCGACGAUAUGUAUCGGACGCGCUGCAGGCGGAACAAGAGAAGUCAGUCGGAGGGCACAACAAGCGCUUCCAGGAGGUGUUUGGCGUGCAGGGACAAGAGUGCCGUGACUUGCUGGUGAAGCUUGGCUUCCAGUACGCAGACGACACCUGGUACCUGCCUAGACCUGAACGAAUACAACACCGCGCUGAAGUCGACGGCACAAGCCUCCGGGAACUCUUAGAGGAUGUGGACAACGAGCUGCUUGCUCUGAUGCGGAAAAUGGCUGCUGAGACCGGCAUGACGAACCCAUUUGCCGACCAUCACAUGUCGUCGGCAAACAUGGAUAUUGAAAGGACUGUGGGAUCCACUGGUUACCAGCGCCAGAUGUCGUCGCGUCGCACCAACACGUCAAACGCGGAACUUCCAUACUACAACAGCCUCGGCGUAUUACCAGACUUUUCCGAUAGCCUUCUAGAGUACGCCUUUGAGCGACAGCUAGUCUGCGACCCCACGCUUUACGCGUACUACGUCGAGUGUUUGCAAGUCAUUGCGGAGCAACGGCAAACUGAACAGCUCGACGUGAAGCUGGCGACUCUUCAGUCACAAGAUAUCGUGAGCCGGCGGGAUCUGUCAGCAGCUUAUCGCUACUUCGGCUUCUCGCUCACAAAAACGAACAACUACAAAGACGGCCAGAUUCUCGACAAAUACCAGGCGCAGCAGUCCGACCUAGGUGCUAUAGCGCAACAGGAGGCGAGGCAGCAUCUACACAGGAUAGGUCUUUCGCGCAACAGCCCGCUUCUGAUCAACGCGUCCAAGCAGUCUGUCGAUACCUACGAGGAUGCCUUAAGCUGGCUCGGGAAUGGUGUCGACAAGACAACACAGGACGAAGGCUUGCUUGCCGUCUAUACCAUGAAGAAAGCCGAGAGCAAGGAGAACGAAGACAUUGGCUUGAAGGCGAUUGCGACCAUCGCGAAAGCCCGGAACAGCAACAUGCUCAACAAUUGGCUCAUAACUGGCGAUCAGACCGCGACCGAGAUGAGCGUCGACGAAGCUCUGCGGCACCUCAACAUCGAGCAGAAAUUGCAAGAUCUCGACCCCACCAUAGUCCCUGUGCUUUUCGAUAGCGCACGGCAAGACCGACCAGGCGAGCAGACGGAUAGAGCCAUCGCGGCGAUUCAACAAGCUCUGGCCGGCGGAAGCGGAAGUGGCGGCGCAAAUGGCUACGCUGUUGAAAGCUGGCCAGUCGGACUCCAAAGCCACGGCAACACCUGCUACCUGAACUCGCUGCUCCAAUACUACUUCAGCAUCAAGCCACUACGCCAUAUUGUGCUCAAUUACGGCCAGUACAAGUGGGACACAAAGACGCAAGGUGAGAAAAAGAUGCGGGUCGGAUAUGCAAUGGUGUCUACGCUUGAGAUUGAAGGCGGUCAACGUUUUGCAGAAGAUCUGAGGCACCUGUUCGAGCGCAUGAUUAAAUCUCGGGCGACCGCUGUCCAGCCAGAUGCAGAUUUGGUCUGCCGCGCAUUUCUGAGGCCAAAGGACUACAAGCUUCUUGAUCCUGUCGUGCUGGACGAGAAGCCAAGCGGUCCAAAUGGAACUUCGAACGGCGACGAGCACGCCGUUGAUGAGAAGAUGACGGAUGGUGAUACUGUGCUGAGUCCGACCAAGACUUUGGCUGAAUCAAUGAAGGAGUCCGACACCUCGAGCGAAACGUUGGUCAAUGGUGACGGAGGAGAUGUCGCCAUGAAAGACGGAGGUCUGCCGCCUACGCCUCCCGAGUCACCAGGUAUGGUGGGCGUCGAGCAUGCGCAAGCCGAACCCGCUCCUCCAGCACUUCCACCAAGAAGAUUCUCGACCACCACCAAGGAGGAGGCUCUGAAGAGAGCGCAGGCAAACGCCAAAGCGCAGCAGGAUGUCACAGAAGUGCAUGACUCGAUCACUUCUCUUCUUCGCAACGGCAUGUCGCCUACCGGACAGGACUCUGAGAACGAGCAAGAGGAUGUUCUGAGAAGCAUGUUCUCUAUCCAGACUGCUCAGACUGCAGUCAGAGAGGGUGUCGAAGGCAAAUCCACGCCCCAGUUCGACUCUGCCAUUCAGCUCAAUGUGCCAUAUGACGACACCGACAUCUACUCUGCGCUUGACGCAGUGUUCGACUUGCAAUCAUUCGCCGACGACCCAGCGCUGGAGACAUAUCGGAGUAUGAAAUCCAUCGGCCCACUCUUGCAGGUCAGCAUUCCUCGCAUCGGCUACGACAGGAGCAGAGGCUCUGGCGCGGCGUUCAAGACUACAGCUUGUGUGAAGCUCGAGGACGAGCUGUAUCUGGACAGGUACUUCGACAACAGCCACCAGGACACACGUUCAAGGAGACGUCAAUGCUGGGCAUGGCGCAAGCAGCUUCACGCCCUGCAGACGGAGCUGAAAGCUUUGAAAGACUCUCCAGUCGACCUUGCUGGACCAAACGCAGUGGCACAGACGGCGGAGUACUUGAUCAGCCUAGACGAGGUGAACAACCAGCUCCGAAAAGUCGACAUUCCUCCGGUCGAAGGCGAUGGCGACAUCACUUCCAUCCUCAUCGACGAAGCAAAGAAGCAAGCAGACAGGGUCUCUGAGCUCGAGAACGACAUCUCCGCCCUGCAAAAGCAGCUCAACGCCCAAUUCCAGGACAUGAAGAAGAUCAAAUACCGUCUCCACGCCGUCUUCUUCCACCGUGGCGCAUCAGGUCACGGCCACUACUGGCUCUACAUCCACGACUUCGCGAACGACAUCUGGCGCCUCUACAACGACGACCGCGUGGAGAAGUUCGACAAGCUGGAAGCCAUCUUCGAAGCCAAGGGCUGGGAUCAAGGCACGCCGACGUACGCUGUCUACGUCGCGGAAGACAAAAUCAGCGACUUCGUCGACCCUGUGUGCCGUGAUCCCGAGCCCGCGCCCGAUCCGCCUCCGAUGCAGAACGGCUGGACUGCAGAACAGAAGGAGAAGGCUCCGACGUGGCCGACUCCGGGCAUUGCUGUCGAGCCUCCGAUGAAGCAGGAGGGUGGGCAGCAAGGGUGGGAUGACAGUAGGCACGUUGCGGAUCAGAUUUCGUGGUAG